AUGCGCAUUAGAACCUUCAAGUUUGCUUUGUCGACGUGUAGACAGAUUAUUGAAGAUUUAGUAUUUAUGGGUAGAAAUAUAGUCAUGGGUUCUCUGUGGGAAUCGGUGUCUUUAGUUUCUACGUUUGUCGUUCAACUGCAUCAACAAAUGCUCUACCGACAGCAACAAAUCGUUCUUCGAAGACACAGACCAGAAGACAUAUCGAAUCCAAAUACGUGGAUAAUACCGAGUUUAGGCGGAGGACCUCCUCUGCCUUCGGCAGUGCGGAUUGAAUUGCAAAAUCGGGAACUCUGGCAGCAAUUCCACGCAGAAACUACGGAAAUGAUAAUUACGAAGGUGGGCCGGCGAAUGUUUCCGUCCAUUCAGUUGACUAUUACGGGAUUAGAGCGUCGAGCUCGUUAUUGCGUCCUCCUCGAAGUGGAGCCGGCGUCCGAUCGUCGACACAAAUACGCCGGUGGCGGCGGCGUCGAGAAAGCCUGUGGGAACGUAAGAGGAUGGACAUCAAAAAAACCUCAGCCACGAAUUGAUCGAAGGAUUUACCUGCAUCCGGAGAGCCCGGCAACCGGUGCGCAUUGGAUGCAACAUCCGCUUAGCUUCAACAAACUCAAGUUGACCAACAACGCUGUCGACCCUAAGAAUAACGUGGUCCUCACGUCCAUGCACAAGUACAUUCCACGGAUCUGGAUCAUUCGGUGCGACGAUGUGACCAGAUUGAGCGAUCUAUACUCUCAUCCAGCGUCCUCGUUCAAGUUCAGCGAAACAGAAUUCAUUGCCGUGACGGCUUAUCAAAACGAGAACAUCACAAAGCUGAAGAUCGACAACAACCCUUUCGCGAAAGGCUUCCGAGAAACGGGCCAAUCUCGAUGCAAGAGGAAAUUCCAGGCGGAGGCAGAAAGAUCGAACCACAUGGACGACGACGACGAGAACGCCUCGUCGGAAUCGGAAUCGAAGAGGUCCUCGUUGAAUCACCUAAACGUCGCGAGUCAGAGGCCGAAGACAGCUUCCAGCGAGACCGGGAGUUUGGACGACAGUGGCGCUAGUAGUUACGGCGGUAUCAGUCCACCUCUGCCCUCGAUUAUUCACCAAAAUUCACCGUCCAGGGACGUAGAUCGCGACGCACAGCCAAGAUUACACAGGCCAUGGAUCGAUUCUCCUACGCGAUUGUCACCUAGAUUCGCCAAUUUCAACCUUUCCGCGUAUUAUCUGCGACUGUUUCAUCCCUCUUUCGCGAUGUAA